GUAUAUUUUUGCAAUUCAUAUAGCAUACAUCCCGAUAGGUGGCGGUAUUUAGCUUAGUAGUAGUAUGAAAUAUACACGAAGAAGAAAACUGUCACCAUCACUUCCGCUUCAGCUAACAACAUGGAAGCAACUAUGGAGGAGAAUCAAGAAAAUGUAAUUCCAGGCGAAAAUAGUGCAGCCAAGAUACAAGAACGACUUUUAAAGCGGCACCAAGCGAGGAUAGAGGAUGCGGAACGGAGGAAAGAAGCGAAAGAGAGCCAGGUUGUCGCAGAAGAGCAGGGCGAGUAUUUCUCUAGUGCUUUUAACAGAGAGCGGGCGGGGAUAGAGGAGCUGCUGUCCGGCUGCUCCGGGGCGGACCGGGCCCUGGUGACUCAGCGGCUAGAGGAAGCAACGGCCAAAACUGCACAGCUACAAAAGUUUCUCAAUGACAGCAUGAUGUUCCUCACGCAGUACGACCUCAGACAAGCCCAGGCUGCGCUCCAACAACUGCAGACCUCCCUUGCUGAAACCAGAGAGGAGGCUCUGCCCAAAAAGAAGUUUGCCUUUCGAUCUCGUACUAAAGCUGCCGACAAAGUGCCUGCACCACCAUCGUCAGACACACCCUCAUCAGAUACUGGAACACCUGUAGAUACUGGUAGUACCAGCGUGGAUGGAAUGAUAGUAUCUGAGCAGUGUGGCUUCUCUAAUAUGGACGGUGUUUCUUUGACCAAAACAGCAGAGGAGAUUCAGAAAAGAGAUGUGCUUCUGACUCAUUUGACCAACUGCAAAGUCCGUCUUUUUGGAUCCCCUAGCACGUUGCACCUGAAGCACAUUGACAGUUGUGAGAUCCUAUGUGGGCCGGUGUCUAGUUCAGUAUUUGUAGACCACUGUAAAAACAGCACACUGGCCUUUCCAUGCCAGCAGCUGCGGACACACAACACCACUGAUACACAGGUUUAUCUGCAUGUAACCAGCAGAGCAAUCAUAGAGGACUGUCAAGGGGUGAGCUUUGCUCCGUUCUCCUGGUCUUAUCCCACUCUGGAGGAGGACUUCAGUGUCUCUGGCCUAGACCAAGGCAGAAACAACUGGAGCCAGGUAGAUGACUUUAACUGGCUAGCUGCAGGAACACCUUCUCCUAACUGGACUGUCAUUCCUGAAGAAUUAAGGAAAACUGAUUGGGACUCAGACUUUAAGCGUAAAAGUCAUGUUUUGUCAAACUAACCAACUGAAAUUCUUUCAGUGUGCAUACUCACCACCUUUACCUUUAGCUCCUACUGUUUUGCUACAGAAAUUACACUGUGACUACAUAAAACAUCUUCAUAAAGGAGUUGGUAUUGCUAAGUCAAAAUGUUUCUGACAUCAUUAACAAUGUGACAAGGUUGGACAUGGAUACUUUAUCAUAAGUUUCUAUUAAACAAUGCCCAAUCCACUGUU